AUGUCAAGAGUAAAGUCAUAUGCAGGUAAAAUGAAUGAAACAUUAAAUUAUAUAAUUGCAAGAGCAAAUCAACUUCGAAAACCAGAGAAUGAAUGCGCAUUAAAACUCUUUCGAAAAAACAAGAAGAAAAAUGGGUCUAUGAAAGAGGAGAAUCGUUGUAAAACAAUGAUAUGCCAAAAGUGCCAAGACAAAAUGAAGAUUUGGGAAGAGAAAUAUUUGACAACAAUCCCUUGCCAGCACUGUGCCCAUUUAUAUACAACGAUAAGUCCACCUCCAGCCCUUAAAUUCCACAAAAUCAAAAAAGGAGGAAAAUCUGAAAUUGUGAUUUCAGAAGUUGAUAAUCCAAAAGUGGCCGACCAGGCAAAAGAA